UGUUGCCCCUUCAGUCCCUUUUACAUUUUUCCCCUCUUACUUUGAAACUAUGCCCUUUAGUUUUGUACUCCCCUAUCCUGCGGAAAAGACAUUGUCCAUUAACCCUAUCCAUUCCCGUCAUGAUUUUAUAAACCUCUAUUAGGAAACCUCUCACCUUCUGACACUCCAGGGAAAAUAGCUUGAACAAUUUUGUUUCAUUCUAAGUAAAGGCCUCUCCCUUCGCUUUGUUUCUAACCUUUCUAGCCUAUUCCCUCUGAUAGCUCUGUGCUUUCUAAUUCUGGUUUCUUCUUGCCCCAAUUUUCAGUACUCCAGCUUUUCCAGUGGUGCCUUCAGCUGCCAGGGCCCUAAGCUCCAGAAUUCCCUCCUUUUAAACAUCUUAGUCUCUUUACCUCUCCUUCCAUAAGGUGUUUCCUAAAAUGUACUUCAAUAACCAGACUUUGGGCAUCCAUCUAAAUAUUGCCUUAGACUCUGUGUUGAGUAUUUUUGAUAAUGUUCCUGUGAAGCACCUGGGAUGCUUUACUACAUUAAAGAUGCUAGGUAAUUGUAAGUUAUGUCAACUCACACCAUGAUCGUGUUUCAGUAUUUUGUCUUACUUAAUGACAUCUCUGAAAUGAUCAUGCCUUGCAAACACUUCUGUCAAAAGGUGUUCUUUUCACUGAUGCUUCCGAGACUAUUAACUGUUAUCUUUUCUGUUCAGUCAUCCAUCCUUUAUUCUCUAAAGCAUUCUGGGAUUUUCUUCUACUCUAUUUGAAAAGUUGCAUUGACCUGUGGUUUUAUGAUGUUAGAUUUAACCUUUUUUUUCUUCUUUUCAGAUAUGCCAUCAGCUGCCUGGUCUCAGCACCUAAUAAGUAUUAUUCAAAUUUUGAAGAUGAAUAAAGAAGUCAGACGAACUUCUGCUAAUGUAUUUGAGAACUGGUUUUUACUGGUUCACUUUGGAGACUGGAUCAGUGUUGCUCUACAGCAAUUGAUGAUGACAGAUGCUAUCUCAGAGAUGCUACUUUGGCUUUUGAUGUUCUACUACAAGCCACAUAUGGAAACCAAACAAGAGAGUGAUUUAAUGGAAAAUGUGAAAUCCGUGUACAAUCAAAUAAAGAUUCUAAUCAACAAGACAACUGUGAAUUUCAAGGAAGUGCAGACUGCAUUGAUCACUGGGAAUCUUUCCACAGAAAAAUGUCACUUCAAUGACCUAAUCAGUCACCUCUUUCUGAGCUUUUUGUUAUUUUCACCUGGUGGCCAGAGAAUAGCAAAGGAAUCUGUGCGACUUGUAAUUCACAUCAGUUGGAACUGCCACUGGUGGAAUUUCAGAAAUGCUGGCUGCUACUGCACACAGACUAAAGAACAAAAGAUGUGGAGCAUCACAAGAUGACAAGGUGCAGAACACUAUUGAACUCCUGCAGCAACAGUUACAUGAAAUUCAGUCUGAAAAUAUGUGCUAUAUUUAUUGAAUUUAGUUACUGUUUCCAGUUUGAUAUAUGUAUAAAUAUACAACUUUAUUGUAUCACUUUGAAAAACUUCUGGGCUAAAUUGAUCAUAAACAUUAUGCUGGUUUCAGUGUCUUGUUCUAAUCAAGAAACGUACUCCUAAAUCUGGUAGAGUUUGAUUUUGUGUAAAGCCAGGAACUGCACUAUGUUCUUGCACAAAACAAAAAUCUAAAAUGUUUGUAUGGAAUACAAUGUUUUCUAUUUGUUACAUUUCA